AUGUCUUUAAAUUAUAUCAAGAACUUCUAUGAAGGAUGUCUCAGACCUCCAACGGUGAUUGGUCAGUUCCAUACCCUUUUCUUUGGUUCUGUACGAAUGUUUUUCCUUGGUGUCCUGGGUUUUGCUGUUUACGGAAAUGAGGCCUUACAUUUCAGCUGUGAACCUGACAAAAGGGAGGUGAACCUCUUCUGUUAUAACCAGUUUCGACCGAUAACUCCUCAGGUAUUUUGGGCACUUCAGCUGGUGACAGUACUAGUUCCAGGAGCGGUUUUCCAUCUCUACGCAGCCUGUAAGAGUAUUGACCAAGAAGACAUUCUCCAGAAGCCCGUUUAUACAGUCUUCUACAUUAUCUCAGUACUGUUGCGAAUUACAUUAGAAGUGGUGGCCUUUUGGCUACAAUCUCAUCUUUUUGGCUUCCAAGUGAAUCCAAUCUUUAAAUGUGAUGCAGGAAGCCUAGAUAAAAAAUACAAUGUCACCAGAUGCAUGGUUCCUGAACACUUUGAGAAAACAAUCUUCCUCAUUGCUAUGUAUACUUUUACUGUGAUUACGAUAGUACUAUGUGUAGCUGAAAUCUUUGAGAUUCUAUGCAGGCGUUUAGGAUUUUUAAACACUCAGUGA